CCCCCCGAAACAUCUGCUUCCGGUGGUUAAAAAAAAAAAUUAUAGCUAGCUGCGGAACCACUGAUGCCUGUUACUUUUAACGAAGUCAACUUAGCUCCUGUGAGCACGGCAUCGCGUAAAGAUAACCCCAUGUCAAAUUAGUACACUUUAACCAUAACGGAGCCGUCCUUCUCUGUCCACCCUGGCGUCUCCUUGUAUCGAUGGACUAUAACGGUUAUCUCCCAAAACAAAUAUGUCAGUUCCUGCAUCAAGUCAAGGAUGAGCUGGAAACAUACCAAAAGAAGAGCAAUCGCACGCGUGUCCUCCUGUUCCCCGCUCUACCCAGCAGACUGCGAUAUCUGAUUCACAACCAUGUAGAGGACCUACCUGAGCUCACCACCUUCUCAGUAGGGGAGAGCUGGUGCCGUAGGGUGGUGGUGUGCCACUCUGAGCUCAGGGAUGAAGAAGAGGAAGACAUUGACUCAGAGACGAACAGCAGCAGAUAUGAAGAGCCCCUAAGCAGUAGAAGUAGGGAGGAGCUGGGUGGAGGCCAUGCCAAGCGUAAACCUGCAAUCGCAUCCCGAAGCCGAGGGCCUAAGAGGCCAGACAAACCCCUCUACAUGCCCCGAGCUGCGCGGGACAGACUGUCCUUACAGAACUCCCACAGACCCUCAGGAGACCAUGAGUUACCCAGUCCCGUCGCAAGUAGCAUUAGCUGCAUCAGUUCAUCUGACUCUUGUUACUGUCCCGAAACUACAGAAAACACAAAGACCACAUCCAGACAGGAAAGUCUCCCCAGUGUAACGGACGCUAUCCCCAACCAUAUCGGUGACAGUCCAGAGGUUUGUCCUCAGGGACUGCACGAAGCUGAACCCUCGGUCUGUGACGAGACUACUUCCUGUUUUGCUGACAUGACUUUGGAGGAGGAUGAGAACGAUGAGGAAGAUCUCGACAGUGUGGCAUUCAGGAAUUUAACUGAAGAGAUCAAGGCCCACCUGAAAGAGGCAGUGACUGUUUCCAUCGAGCAAGUUCACAAUGACUACUCCUUGUAUGUGAACGAGCGCAUCAAUAUCAACCCGGAUGAGUUUCGCCAUGUGAUCGAGAUUUAUGACUUCCCUAUACUGUUUAAAACGGAUAAUCUCCUGGACGCUUUCACAGAGUACAGUGAUGGUGGAAUGAAGAUCAAGUGGAUUGACAACACACAUGCCCUGGGGGUUUUCUCCAGUGAGUCGGCAGCGAUUCAAGCCCUCUCCAUCUGCCAUCCACUGCUUAAGACAAGAGCACUGGCUGAAGGGAGUAAAAAAGCCAAAGCCAAGGCCAUGAGAUGUUCAGAGUUUAUCCAGCCGGUGAAGGAGCGCCCGAGGACGGACUGUGCUGUUGCCCAGAGGAUGGUGACCAGAGCCCUGGGACUGCAGGGACGAAGCAGAGUGCAGCGAUAUUAAAGGGAAUUGAUCACGCUGUCAGCCAGUGCAGGAAGGUCCAGCUGAGGUCUGCCUCCUUUUACUGGCUCUACUCUGCCACGAACGGCUAGCUAGGCUACCGUCCAGAGCCGUCUGCCUCCUUCACUGAUUGGUAACAGGUUUUCAUGGCAAAGGAGGAGACUGGCCAGAAUUUCCUGCACCAAAUCAACAUCCACCCUGCUGAAGUGUCCUUGAGCAAGACACUGAAUUAUCAGCCUCAAAGCUGCUGUUCCAUCGCUGUACCUAACCCCUUUGAACAUUCUUAAUAUGGACAUAUCUGAUGCACACAAUGAUCUCAAUUGACAAAAGGGACUGGAGAAGCUCAUAGCUUAUUUUGAUUUGGUUGCAUGUUGCCUUGAAACUCAAGUGUGUUUCAAGUGUGUUCAUUUUCCUGGUAGGGAAAUUAAGCUUCCCUGUUGCCCCGGUGAAACAGGAUUGGUUGCACAAUUCUACAUUAAGUUCUUCUAACUUCAAGUAAUGUUGAAUUCUUCCACAGUUUAAUUCUCAGGUUUUGUUAAAUAAAUCUCUUAAAUCUUGCGUUGUAUUCACAACUAGAAUUUUCUAUGGAGUGCACAAGUUUAACUGACGAAAGAAAUGUUGAUCUAUUGACAGAAUCGGAUCUGUUAGAGAUAUAACACUAAGUACUGUUUUCGAAAGCCAGCAAUUAAAUUGAGAGACCGUUGUAAAGAAAUCACAUGUAACAGCAGUGUUAUACUGGACUCAAUGGAUGUUUUUAAUGUUUUAGUCAAUUUUAAAACUUUGUUUUAUAUUUUGUAAAAAAACAAAAAAAAGCAAAAAAAAAAAAAAAAAAAGCAUGAUGUUCAGUUGUUCUUAGUAUUUAUUGUUUUCCUCAAAUAACAAAACGUCUUUAGGGAUGUUGCCAGGCAAAGUGUAUCUCUCACUAACUAUACGCAAUGAGAAAAAACUAGAUCUCAGAAGUCUAUGAUCAACUAAUGUUUGUGCUUUGGAAACAUGGAAUGUUAGGUCCUCCGUACCUGUUUCUAUAUUGUUAUGUUGUUAUACAUUAAACACAAAUCUUAACUCUGUAAAGACGGUGUCCAAAAUAGAUGAUGCUGAGUAUUUUAUUUUUGUCUUACUGAAAUGGGAUGUUUCCUUGAAAUGAUCUUUUGUGCCUGAUAUGAGAGUGAUGGGACUUGUUCUGUGGUAUGUCUCUAUGUCAUCACCUAAAGACAGGGCACAUGUUAAAGGAAAAUUCUGAAUAAAUGAGUGGAGAAACACCAA